AUGAGUGUAGGAUGUUCGUCGAUGAGACCAUUAGACGUUUUGGUAGAUGUGGUAGAUCAUCUUGUUUGUAAUGCUGGAAUCGGGUCCCUUUAUUCGAUUAAUAUUGGCGUUACCAAAUUCGCACCGGUUAUGGACAUAAACUUUUGGGGAUCAGUUUAUCCCACUCAUUUUGCGAUACCUCAUCUCAUCAGAACCAAUGGAAAGAUUGUGGUCAACGCUUCAUGUAGCGGAGUGUUGCACCCACCGAAAGGUGGCUUCUACAAUGCAAGUAAAGCAGCCUUAAUCAGCUUCUAUGAGUCCCUUAGAUUCGAAGUGUCUCCGAAAGUAACAAUAACAAUUUUGACACUCGGCUUCAUAGAAACCAACAUGAUAACACCCAAGUAUUCAGCCAGUGGUGUUGGCGUUCGUCUAAGAAGAGGUUUUGGAACCAUCCACCCAACAAUGGGAGCAGAGUCAUGUGCAAUAGCCAUUGUUGAUGGAGUAUGUAAAGGAGCAACAUCAAUUACACAACCAAGGUUCAUGAAGGCUCUAUUCUUGAUCAAGUUCUUGUUCCCAGGACUACAUCAUUUUCACAUGAAUAUAUUUUCCAUCGUAUUCUCUAAAGAACUAAAAGGAACACAUGAGAACUAA